AGAAGAAGAGCACAACAACCCUCUGAUGGAAUGGUAACAAUGCCAGCCUGUCACUCCCGGGAUUAGAGCAGUUUCCUGGAGUUGCAUCGUGCUCGCUCUUUCUUUCUCUCUUAGGACCUCUCUCACACAGACUUCUUUGUAAUUAUCUGCAAGACCUCUAAGACAGGCUUUUCCAGCUCUCUGCACUGUUUCAUGUGAGAGGAUUCACGAUCAACCUUGCCACAUGGACGCACUGGCACAAGCUGAGUACCUGCUCUCCUUCAGCAGCCCAAUUAACCAUUGACUGUUGCUAAUUCAAGCGAUGGUUUAGCAACUUAGUGGAAGGAAGACCAGGCUCUUCAGAAAGAAGGAGCAUGGCAGUGUGCUUCAAUGCCACUCAAGAAGAAGUGUUAUGCUGCAUCCCCCAAAUUAAUCCAUUUUAGUAGCAUUCUGCUGUAGCCAUGUCCUCGGAAGGGGUGUAUGAAUUUUCCCCACAUAGCUGUGACAGACUGCCUCUGCAGUGCAAUAUGUUUUUGCGUCUGUGUGUAUUUAGGUGGCUGCUUGCUGGUUUCCCCAGGACUGCUCCUGAGGGAUGAUUGGAAAAGAAACCGUGCCUCAGCAGAUAAAAUUGCAAUCCAAUUACUACAACCAGCGUUGAAGACACUUGAUAAUGCUUGGCUGAGCCUGAACAAGCCAAUUUACGUUGCAGCGCAUUCAGGUUAAUUCCAUUAUAAUUGGCUCAAGUGCCUUGGCCACAAGCAAUAUACUCUGUUGUCUCAUCAACACCUCUGUAAUAAAAUUAAAGCUUCUGGCCCACAGUUAACAAGGAAUUGUGUUAAGAUUCAACUACAGUAGGUACAGGCUUGUGAACAAGUGCAAUGCGGGGUUGUGCUCCAGAACUUCUCUGCACCUCCUCAACAGACGUAUACUGGCUCCAAACUCUUUGGAGACGGAAAGCACAGUUGAAUGCUGAAGGUGGAGCUGAGCAUGAAGUGCCUUCUGUAUUGCCUUUAAAUAUCCACGCCAGCCUUGAAGGGAGGGUGGUAGUUGAACAAGAGAACCAGCAUUUGCAGAGGAAUUGUACCUACUGUCAAUCCUUCCCAGUUCCUGUAUGCUCACUGCUUUAGAGGCUUUUGGGGGCUUUAAAUGACCUGCAUAACUAUUGGGGAUCAGUGUGGUAAUCCAUCUAAAAAGAAGCUUGAAGUUUUCCAUUAUGGCACCCAGUGUAUGGAAUUGUCUCCAGUUUGAAAUGCAUGGUGAGCACAAACUUUGAUAGGCCUGCAGUGCUUAUUAAAGGUGCAUCUGUCCACCUAGGCAUUUCCAGGUUAAUAUUGAGCUUGGGAGGUACCGUAGGUUCUGUGGAUUGUGAUGUACCUUAUAUAUUAAUGUGUUGGUUUACUUGAAAAUGUGUAGUAUUGUUGUGAACCACCCCAGUAUUGCCGAUGAAGGGUGAGAUGGAAAUACGUUCCAUAAAAGAAUUUUUUAAAUCAUGCACAGUAAUAUUUUACAAAUAAAGCAUGGUGAUUUUCUUUAAGCAUUUGAGUUCUGAAAACCAUGUGUCUGCAACACAGCACUAGCAACACAACACAGCCCACUCAAUGGUGAGUUUGUGUUGAAAUGUGGCUCAAGUAUAGAGGAGCUCUUGCAUAAUUCUUACGCUGUGAACUGUCCUAAGACCUUCAGAUGAAGGACAAUAUACAACUCUCUAACAAAUAAAUAAAAUAUAAAGAAAUAAGCCAGCUUUUUGUGCAAGGGCUUUAUUUUGGGGGUGGGGGAAGAGGCCUGUAGUGCAGUUGUAGAGCUUUGCAUGCAGAAGGUCCCAGAUUUAAUCCUCAGCAACUUCAGGUGGGACUGACAGAGACACUCUACCUGAAACUGGGGAGAGCUGCAACCUGCCAGUGUCGACAGUAUUGACCUAGAUGGACCAAAGGUUUGAUUUGUUAUAAGGCAGCUUCCUAUGUUCCCCUCCAAAAUAAUCACCAUCACUUAAGUUUUGGACCAAACCCUGAAAAAUGUGUCUUGUUUCCGUAUCCUACACAGUCAAUUUAGUUCGUUAUCUAGUUAGUGCAUCCACUGUCUGCUUGCAAUUCUGUGCCUAUAUUCAUUGCUCAUUUUCUCCCCCAUUUUCUUAAAUGGAUCCUUUCUAAGGAUGACAGUUAGCAUCUUGUUUCUUCAUUUGCAACCUAUUAUGCUUGCUGUUGCACUUUCCUGAACGAUGGGGAGCCACAUACCCCGUACCACUUCCGAGUUCAGCAGAGCUAGACAAAGAUUAUAUUACAUGCCAGGACCUUCAUCUGAGGUGAAGUCAGUUGACUGACAUAUCUCUGCAAUUGAUAGUGUAGAAUCCACAGCAGCAACGUGAUGAAGCUGGAAGUAAGAAAAGGGAUUGUUCCAAUCUGAUAAGGAGGCACUUCACUCAUAGAAACCUGCUGUGUGCAAGCAACAGAUUUGUUUUCCCCACUAGGAAAUUUGACUAGAGCUGUCUACUAUAUAUACAAAUACAAACAGGGCUGGCAAGCUACACACUGGAGAAGAAAAAUCUAUUCCAUUAAUCAGGCAUAAAGUCCUACACAGAUGGCUUAUAGGAUAGAUUAUGGCUGGUAAUCCUUUUGUGCCCUAGAAGAUUAAGAAUAUCCUGGUGCAACAGCAGUCAGCUGACGCUUAAAAAAAAAAAGACUGAAAACUCUGGUGUAAUCCUGCACAGGACAGAGACUUCCCAGAGCCCAUGGCAAUUCAGUUUACUGAAAAUGCCUUGUUACGUAGAGUGGAUUUUGGCAUACUGAAAAGUUGUAGCCUUAACCAUCAACUGCAUAAACUACUGAAGUUAAGGAGUACCCGAGCCAUUGCUUUUUAAGUUGGUAUCCCAAACCUCACAAUUAUAUCAAUUGCUUCCAGUGGAAACAGUGUGUGAGUGCCUAGCAUCUUUAAAUUGGUGCCUCGGAUUUUAACAAGUCAAAUGACUUGUGCAAAGAAAAGGAGAGGAGAAGACUGGAUGCAAGAGCAACAUGAAUGGCCCCCAUGCAUGCUGAGAUCUCUGUGAUGGACUGGCUGGAUAUGGAUUUAUAUGAGGAUUACAAAUCUCCUUUUGAUUUUGAUACUGGAGUUAAUCGAAAUUAUCUCUACCUAUCGCCCAGCAUGGCUUUUUCCCCUCCUGGAUCUCCUGUGUUGAAGGAUUCUGAUCUGCUGAAAAAUGAAGUAAUUCCCGAAGUUGGAGAAGAUGCUGCUGCUUCAGUUAAUGUUGCAGAGGCUUUGUCAGAAGAAGAACAGGAAGAACUUAGAAGAGAGCUUGCUAAGGUGGAAGAAGAAAUCCAGACUUUGUCACAGGUACUAGCUGCUAAAGAGAAGCACCUAGCAGAAAUAAAGAGAAAACUGGGGAUCAGUUCACUGCAGGAGCUGAGGCAGAACCUUUCCAAAGGGUGGCAAGAUGUCACAGCAACAAAUGCGUAUAAGAAGACAUCAGAAACACUGUCUCAAGCUGGGCAGAAAGCUUCUGCUGCAUUCUCAACAGUUGGCUCUGCAAUAACGAAGAAGUUGGAAGAUGUGAAUAUACGUUGUCUACAACAUUCAAUUAGCAUGCCUGCUAUGAGAAAUUCCCCAACAUUCAAGUCCUUUGAAGAGAAAGUGGAAAACUUAAAGUAUAAGGUUGGGGGAACCAAGCCUCCUGGGGGUGACUUUGGAGAGGUCUUGAACUCUGCUGCCAAUGCCAGUGCCACAGAAGCUACUACAAAGCAGACAGAAGAGGAGACUCAAUGAUUGUCCUGCCUUCCUUGUGCUACCCACUGCCAGAUGCUACAAGCAAAUGCUGAAGCACAACACCUCUGCUGUAGACUCUUCCAGGAUGUCCUUCUGUUUAGCACUUAGCUUUAUAGCUGUUCAAUGUAAAUCGUUUCUAUAGGUUCAGAGUAUUUUUGAAACCAUAAAAUACACUCUUGCCUAUGUUAUCUGUGGGAUGGGGAAUUUUUAUGCAUUUUGAGUAUUUAAAAAGAUUUAUUUCUGGUCCAAAGAAAUCAUUAAGGUUUUACAAAAGGUUUAGAAAUGGGACUCAACACUGUAUAAGAUAGGUGCUGGGACGAAUAGCAGUUGCUUCAUGCCAUGUCUCUUCAUACUUAAUUCACUGUCAAAACCUUUGAAAACUUCAUUGUUUUAAGUGUGUACCUUUAAUUGGUUCUGUUGCAAGAGGUUCCACUGGCAGAAUAAGCUUGCUUUGAUAUUGCAAUGUUAAGUUAUCAGUGUAUGUGUUGUGGUCUUGGUAAGUGGACACUGAAAGUAGGGUGAUUCCAACAAACAUUCACUAUGUUUAUGGUUUCCCUAAAAAAAAUAAAAAUCCUGAUAGUAAACUUAUCUGAACAGUUCCAACUAGCAGAGAUGCCGUUUUCUCCUGGGUAUUGGAAGUUGACUUCCAGAAGUAAAAUGAGGCAAGCUGUUAACAUAAAUUAAAAGCCUACUGCAAAGGGAGUGGUUUAGAAGCACCAUACUUAUAAAAAUAAAAUGGUUGCUCCCUUCCGCUUGCUAAUUGAUGAAAAGGAACAUUAGACUAAAAGUCCAUGUUAUUUCUGCUGCUUAUAACACUCCCCCCUCUCAAGAAAGAAAGAAAGAAAGAAAGAAAGAAAGAAAGAAAGAAAGAAAGAAAGAAAGAAAGUGUAUGGUGCAAACAGUGCAGUCAGCUAUGCAUUUCCAUUUGGGGAAAAUGCACAUUGGAAUGUAGUCAUUAUAGACCCAAGCUCUGAAUUGGCUGUAGUGGAAGAUUGGAAUAAGAUAAAGUGGGCAAUCUCACAGCCUGGAAAUACAAAAAUGAGCACGGUCAGCUCUUUCUAUGCUUAAAAAUGUUCUCUUAACUGAAACCUGUUGCUGAUCUUGUAAAAAGACUUGGCUUCCUAGAAGCUAAAUGCACUCCCACCUUGUAUGUAUACUG